ACGGCCAAUACCUUGCCAGUUGCCAUAACCAGCAAAGUCCCCAGUCCCCAGUCCCCAUUCCCCAUUCCCCACCGGCUGGCUUGCUUUUGUCCGGCACCUCUAUAUCGCUUUUCCAUUUUUGUACUUUGGCGAAGGCGCUCGCUCCUUGGGCCACCUCGCUAUUGCCAUUUCUGUGUUCUUUACUUUCAGGAGGCUUCGGCCUCUGCUUCUUUUCCAAAAUUCUACUUCUCUUGCUGCACUCUCAUAUCCCUAUCUCUCCCCUGAGAUGCAGAGUCUACAUAGCAGGUGAUCCAACCUCUGCACCAGUUAACCCUUGCCUGCCUAUAUAUAUAUAUAUGUAUAUAUAUAUAUAUAUCAGUCAGCAAAUCUGCAAACAUCUACCAGUCAAGGGCCUCUGAACACCAUAACUACUAGCUUCUUCGCUGGUCCUGCUGUGAAAGGGAGAGACGACUGUCUGGUAGAUGUCCCAAAUUUGACCAAUUAUAUUCCUCGUUCUCUAUGACGUUUUCCAAACCCUAAUUUUGUAUCUUUUGUCGUGACGGGACCAUACGAAGAAGCUGUGACAAAAAAAAUUAUAACAAAAGUCAGUGUCUCAAUCGGAAUCCGUCGCAAAAUGACGUCUGAUUCCGAUUCUUCUACCUCCUUCGAUGAUGCUACCGACCAAAACCCUAACAUUAAUCCUUCCGAAACAACCGAGGAUCGGUUGCAGAUGCUGCAAUUGAAAGAUUCCAACGGUGUUGUCGACGGCGAGGAGACGUCCAAUCAGGGAGGCUUGGGCGAGGCAGAGACUGGAUCAGUGAUUGUAGAGCAUAACGGAAGACACGAGCCUCAAAUUGAAGCCUCGAUGAUUUCAGCAGCGUCUGGAGCUGGUGAAGAGGUUCGGGAACAUUCUUCUGCUGGGGUUGCGUUCAGAGACAAUUCGGAGCUUGAAGUCGAUCAGCCAUUGAGCCCUAGUAGCAGUGGAUAUGCUGGAGGAAGGGGUAGCAGCAGUGCUACCAGUGCGUCUGAAAUUGAGGAGGUUGAUGGGAACGAAAUAGAUGACACAGUGGCUCAACAGGAUGCUUCUUCAGAUUCAGUUUCGUGGGUUCCUGGGAAACGGCAUGUCGAUGAGGAUGAUGCUUCAAUUUCUUGGAGGAAAAGGAAGAAGCAUUUUUUUGUGCUGAGUCACUCUGGCAAGCCGAUAUACUCCAGGUAUGGAGAUGAAUACAAGCUAGCCGGAUUUUCGGCAACCUUGCAAGCUAUCAUUUCCUUUGUAGAGAAUGGGGGAGAUCGUGUUAAAUUUGUAAGGGCCGGGAAACACCAGGUGGUUUUUCUUGUGAAGGGGCCAAUUUACUUAGUUUGCAUAAGUUGUACUGAAGAACCAUAUGAAGUGUUAAAGGGGCAAUUGGAUCUUAUUUAUGGUCAGAUUAUACUAAUAUUGACGAAGUCAGUAAAUAGAUGCUUUGAUAAGAACCCGAAAUUUGAUAUGACACCCUUGCUUGGAGGGACAGAUGCUGUUUUUUCAUCAUUGAUUCAUUCCUUUGGCUGGAACCCUGCUACUUUUCUUCAUGCUUACACUUGCCUCCCUCUUGCGUACCCAACAAGGCAAGCAGCAGGUGCUAUACUGCAAGAUGUUGCUGAAUCUGGGGUCCUUUUUGCAAUAUUAAUGUGUAAGCACAAGGUUAUCAGUCUUGUUGGUGCACAAAAAGCUUCCCUUCAUCCUGAUGAUAUGCUGCUGCUAUCCAAUUUUAUAUUGUCUUCUGAAUCCUUUCGGACCUCCGAAUCAUUCUCACCAAUCUGCUUGCCAAGAUAUAAUCCUAUGGCCUUUCUGUAUGCAUAUGUCCAUUACCUUGAUGUAGAUACAUACUUGGUGUUGCUUACUACUAGUUCUGAUGCUUUCUAUCAUCUUAAAGACUGCAGGGUUCGUGUGGAGAUAGUCCUUUUGAAGUCAAAUGUUCUCAGUGAAGUUGAGAGAUCCAUGCUAGAUGGUGGUAUGCGAGUUGAGGAUCUUCCUGUCGAUCCUUCUCCACGCUCGGGAUCUUCGUCUCCCCAUUUGGGACUAUCAACUGAAUCUCUCCCAAGAUUCAAAGAAACACAUCUUGGAAUUGGUGGCCCUGCUGGACUUUGGCAUUUCAUUUAUCGAAGCAUUUUCCUGGAUCAGUAUGUAUCUUCAGAGUUCUCAUCGCCAAUUAACAGUUCCAGCCAGCAAAAAAGACUGUAUAGAGCCUACCAAAAGCUUUAUGCUUCCAUGCAUGAUCAAGGAGCUGGGCCCCAUAAAACUCAGUUCAGAAGAGAUGAAAACUAUGUUCUUUUAUGCUGGAUCACUCAGGAUUUUGAAUUUUAUGCGGCAUUUGAUCCUCUGGCUGACAAGGCUUCCGCUAUCAAUACCUGCAACCAAGUCUGUCAGUGGGUGAGAGAUGUAGAAAAUGAAAUUUUCUUGAUGGGAGCAAGCCCUUUUUCAUGGUGAUUUUUUUUUUUUUUUUUCAUAAAUAACCUUUAUACGCAAUGUAAUUUAGUUUUAUGUUUCUAAUAGUACUCAAUUGUAUUCUGUGCACUUGUGUAAUUGGAUGAGAAUGCCUUUAUUCCUGCAUCUUUAUUUUUUUUUGUUAAGCAAAAUAAAGAUGCUCACACGCCAGCAACAUCAGUUGUGUUUUGCUUCU